AUGGACAUGGAUAUGCAAAGGAGGUCUACAGAAUCGUACAUUACCACCCGCAUCCCUCUCCUCGUCCCCCAUCCCUGUGUUCUGGGCUCUAUUUCCUGCACACUGGCAGUCCUCACCCACCUUCUCUUUCUGGCCGUCCGCAUCCUGGCAUUCCCCUUGUACUUGCUGAACUUUCUGGGCUUGUGGAAUGGGAUAUGCAAAAAAUACUUUCCCUACUUCUUGGUGAGGUUCAUCUCAAUGUACCACAAGCAGAUGGCGAGCCACAAGCGGGAGCUCUUCAGCAGCCUGCAGGAGCACGCGAGCCCCUCGGGGGAGCUCUCCCUGCUGGAGCUGGGCUGUGGCACCGGGGCCAACUUCAGGUUCUAUCCGCCCGGAUGCAGGGUGACCUGUGUUGACCCCAACCCCAACUUUGAGAAGUUCUUGAUCAAGAGCAUCGCUGAGAACCGACACGUGCAGUUUGAGCGCUUCGUGGUGGCCGCCGGGGAGGACAUGCACCCGGUGGCCGAUGGCUCCAUGGACGUGGUGGUCUGCACCCUGGUCCUGUGCUCCGUGGAGAACCAGGAGCGCAUCCUCCAGGAGGCGUGCAGAGUGCUGAGGGGUGGGGGGAAGGGAGGUCUCUACUAUUAUGGGUAA